GAGGAGCUGAUGUUUGGAGAGGACAUGCUGAUAAGAUCCACCCACGAUCCUCCACCGACACUUUAACUGAAUGGUGACCCAACAGAGAUGGCUGGUACAGGAAUGUGUUGUGCCAGCCUGGAGGAGCCUCAGCCCCUGAUGAAGAUGGGUCUGAGCAUGGUCCUCAUCGGUCACAUUAACUUCCUGUUGGGAGCGCUGGUGCACGGCGUGGUUCUCCGACACAUCAACUUCCACAAGCAGGCGCGCGCCAUGGAGUACGCCAUCUCCAACGUGGUGGCCCUCACCUCCGGCCUCGUGGGAAUCAUCGUUGGCAUUCUGGCUAUUCUCCUGUCUAAAAACAAGAAGAGCAAAGGCCUGACGUGGUCACUUCUCACUGUCGGAGUAGUUGCUUCUCUAACGGCGGCGACCUCGGCCAUUGGUCUGUUGGUCUCCAUGGUGAGGACCAUCCUUCACGAUGGGCGGAGCCUCCUGACUUACUGCCGCUUCCCCGACGCUAUUGGCUACUCCAGCAUCACCAACGAGUGUCCUUUUGACCCCACGCGCAUCUACAGCACCACUCUGAUCCUCUGGGUGCCUCUCAUCGUGACUUGUGUGAUCCAGAUGGUGUUUUCGGCCCGCUGCUCUGCUGUCUGCGUCUCAUUCCUGGGUUUACCUUGCUGCCCCAACAGGAAGAGGAAGAGAGACUUUGGCAGAUCGAUAAAUGUGGUGAGGCCAAUUGAGGAAGCUGCUCCCCCUAGCCACGCUGAAGCUCCAAGGAACUACGCUGAACCUCCGAGAAGCCACACAGAAUCUACAAGAAGCUAUGAUGAACCUCCAAGGAGCUACACUGAGUCUCAGAGAAGUUACGCUGAGUCUCAGAGAAGUUACGCUGAAUCCUCAAGGAGCUGCCCUGAACCUCAGAGGCAGCAGCUCAGACCUCCUCCUCUUCCUCAUCAUCUUCCCAAACAUCAUCAGAGUCUUCCUCCCUCAGAGAGACGUCCUCUUCGCUCGCAGCACAAGAAAAGGUCCGACAGAGAGAGGCAGGAAACCAGAGCAGGCAGCGAGCAAAAUCCACCGGAGCAGCACCAACUUCUGGAGAGAGGGACCAUGGAGAGGUCCAGCUUCUGGAUUUAGACGAUUUGAACAUACGUUCAGACCAAAUGCAUCAAACUCAGAACUUCAAAACUAUGAACUCAAAGCUGGAGAAGUUUUUAUUUAGCAGUGUGGAUGUCUGAAGCUCAGGGUCAGGGUCCCGGUUUUGUAAAUAUAACUGUUCUUGUAUUUCAAGAGUGAGAAUCUAUUCAUAUCGGGACAGACAGAGGAGGACAAUCCUUCAAAGUGAGGACAUGGUGCCUGUAGAAGGAUUCACUCGGAGUUGAAAGAGGAGUUUGACAUUUUGGAGAAUCUAUUUUCUUGCCGAGAGGUAAAUGAGAGGAUUGAUAGUCCUCUCGUUUCUAUAGGACAGCUACACACACCUCUACAGCUCAACACAUUUUCCAUUUGAUUAAUUUGUUUUUGCACAGACGAUUGGUAUCGAUCUUCUUGUCCAACCCUCUGGAAGUAAUCGUUAAAGUAAAUUUGCACAUAUAAUGGAGGCAGGUACAGCACAAUAGGAAACUGAAGUGUACAAAGUGCCUUCAUUAAUUUAUCUGAUUUAAUUAAGGAUGGAAAUGCCUGUUUGACUUGAUGAGAAUGCUAGUGUUUGCAUUCGUAUUUUUCUGAUGUUAGAUCAAGAGAUACCACGAAUGCACGUUUUUAUAUUUAUUGUACUC